AUGGAGAAGCUUACCAUUCUUCUGUUCUGCUUUGGUGCCUUAAUUUCUCUGUUGACUAUCUCUAAUGCAGCAGACACUUUAGCCACAAAUGAAGCCAUGCGAGAUGGUGAUACCAUCCUUUCAGCUGGUGGAAUGUUUGAACUGGGAUUUUUCAGCGUGGGUAACUCCAGGAAUCGAUACCUGGGGAUAUGGUACAAGAAGGUUUCAAAUAGGACCGUUGUUUGGAUCGCAAACAGAGAUGCACCACUUAACAAUACUUCAGGCAUGCUCCAAGUCAGUAGUGACGGAAUCCUGCAGCUUCUCAGUGAUGGUGAUACCAUUUGGUCAUCUUCAUCUGUAUCAUUAAGGAAUAUUGCUCCGGUGGCACAGCUCUUGGAUGAUGGAAACCUUGUUGUAAGGGAUGAACGUAGCACCGAUCAGCAGAUAUUCAUAUGGCAAAGCUUUGAUUACCCUACAGACACCAUUCUCCCAGGUAUGAAAUUUGGUAAGGACUUGGUUACUGGCAUCGACAGGCGCUUUAUAUCGUGGAAGAGCGUUGAUGAUCCUUCUACCGGACAGUACACGGCGUAUAUGGAUACGAAUGGAUUCCCACAGAUAUUCGUGAGGCAAGGCAACGAUUUGCACUCGAGAUCUGGGCCGUGGAAUGGCCUUAGGUUCAGUGGCAUGCCUGAAUGGAGAGUAAAGGCAACAGCAUUGAAGGAGUUUGUUUUCAAUGAGAAGGAGAUAUUCUACAGAUAUAAGGUUGCUAAUAGUUCGAUUAUUUCUAGGUUGUAUAUGAACCCGGAAGGCGAUCUAACACGCAUGAAUUGGGUUGAUCAAACCCGAAGUUGGUUUCAUAUUUUGACUACUGUACCCGUUGAUAGUUGUUCGCCAUAUGGACUAUGCGGCCCAUACGGAACCUGUAACGCGAACAACUUCCCUGUCUGUAGUUGUAUGAGAGGUUUUGAACCGAAACACCCAGAGCAAUGGAGCGUAGCAGAUUGGUCCGGUGGGUGUACGCGUAGAUUACCUUUGAAUUGUGGGAGUGGCGACGGGUUUCUUAGAAUUUCGGGUGUGAAAUUCCCAGACACCCGACGUUCAUGGUACAAUUCGAGCAUGACUCUAGGAGAAUGCGAGAUGGCGUGCAGGAUGAAUUGCUCUUGCACGGCAUAUUCAGACUUAGAUAUCAGAAAUGGUGGAAGCGGAUGCUUGCUAUGGUUUGAUGAGCUGAUGGAUAUUAGAGAAUACGAUGAAACCCAAAAUCUUUACAUUAGAAUGGCCGUUUCGGAGUUAACAAGUCUUACUACGACUCUCGAAUCUGGUUCGAACAAAACGAAACAUAUAAUCCUAGCGGUCGUGUUGGCUUCGGUUGGUUUGGUUCUAGUAGGCCUAUCUCUUGCAAUGUAUGCAAGAAGCAAGAAGAAAAGAUACUUCAUGAACAGACAAGGUAAGAUGCCCAAGUAUUCCAUCAAUGAGGGUGGGAAGGAAGAUGCAGAAUUACCAACUUUUAGUCUGUCUAAAAUUGCCAAGUCUACAAGUAACUUCUCCAUUACCAAUAAGCUUGGAGAAGGUGGCUUUGGUGCUGUCUACAAGGGUGUGUUGGAUGAUGGACGAGAAAUAGCUGUGAAGCGAUUGUCGAAAACUUCGAGACAAGGGAUCGACGAGUUCAAGAAUGAAAUUCGAUGUAUUGCAAAACUUCAGCAUCGGAAUCUCGUGAAGCUGUUAGGAUACUGCAUUCAAGGAGACGAAACAAUGCUAAUUUAUGAAUACAUGGCUAACAAAAGCCUCGAUUUAGCUUUAUUCGAUGAAGGCCAGAGCUCGAUAUUGCUUGAUUGGCCCCAACGCUACCGUAUUAUCCAUGGAAUUGCUCGAGGUCUCCUUUAUCUGCAUCAGGAUUCUCGGCUUCGGGUUAUUCACAGAGAUUUGAAAGCGGGAAAUAUUUUGUUGGAUUAUGACAUGAACCCUAAAAUCUCAGACUUCGGUCUUGCUAGAAGAUUUAUAGGGUUCGAGACAGAAGCCACGACGAAUAAAGUGGUCGGAACUUAUGGUUAUAUCUCUCCAGAAUAUGCAGUCCAUGGGCUUUUCUCAGUAAAAUCAGACGUAUUCAGUUUUGGAGUUUUGGUGUUGGAAAUAGUGAGCGGAAAGAAAAACCGAGGAUUCUUUCAUGAAGAACACGACGAUAACCUUCUUGGACAUGCAUGGAGACUUUAUAACGAAGAGAGGACCCUUGAGCUUGCAAGUUCUCAGAUAAGGGAUGUGUGCAUCGACUCUGAAUUACUUCGAUCCAUACAUAUUGGUUUGUUAUGUGUGCAACAACAUGCGGAAGAUAGGCCAACUAUGUCGUCCGUGGUUGUGAUGUUGGAUAACGAGAGUACAUUGCCUCCACCAAAACAACCCGCAUUUUUCACUCAAGUGAGUUUGCCUGAAAACAAUGCUAUUUCAUUGGGUCCGACACAAAAUUCUGUCGAUAAUGUCACCAUAACGAUGUUAGAUGCUCGAUAGAACGCAGCCACUCGUGCCAAUAUACGAUAUGUGAGUUAUUGAACUUGCAUUUGGAAGCUCUACAUGUUAUUGAACAUGAUGGGUGUUCAACUGUUCUAGUUGAGUUACGACCGAAUGGCUUUCGACACUUUUUGAUGGUUGUAUCUUCGCCGAUCUUUAGAUACAUAAGCGGGU